CUGCUCUCCGGCCGGGCUGCAGGAGUUUAGGCUGGAGCAGGGCAGCGGCCGGAGACGCCCCCCUCCCCUUUUAUUAUUAUUAUUAUUAUUAUUAAUAUUAUUAUUUUAUUUUUAUUCCUCCUUUUUCUUUCUUUCUGCAUCACAACGUUUCCCCACAUCUCCUUCUGCAUGGUGGAUAUUAUUUUUCCUUCCCCUUUUGGAGGUGCGAUGGGGGAUCACACCAAAAAGAAACCCGGGAUCGCCACGUGCGUGGGCUGCGGGAGCGAAAUCCACGACCAGUACAUCCUCAAGGUCUCGCCGGACCUGGAGUGGCACGCGGCGUGUCUGAAGUGCGCGGAUUGUAGCCAGUACCUGGACGAGACCUGUACUUGCUUCGUGCGCGAUGGCAAAACUUACUGUAAAAGAGAUUACAUCAGGCUCUUCGGCAUCAAGUGCGCCAAGUGCGCGGGCGGCUUCAGCAGCAGCGACCUGGUGAUGCGCGCCCGCGACCAGGUCUACCACCUGGAGUGCUUCCGAUGCUCCGUCUGCAGCCGGCAGCUCCUGCCCGGGGACGAGUUCUCGCUGCGGGACCACGAGCUGCUCUGCCGCGCCGACCACAGCCUCCUGCUCGACGGCGCCGGCUCGGCCGAGAGCCCCCCGCGCAGCCCCGGACACCUGCAGGGCGCCAGGCCGGGACACCUCCAGCUCCCAGAUGCGGUGCCCGGGCGGCAGCCUUCCCUGCGUCCCCACGUGCACAAGCAGGCGGAGAAGACGACGCGGGUCCGGACGGUGCUGAACGAGAAACAGCUUCACACGCUACGCACCUGCUACGCGGCCAACCCGCGGCCGGACGCGCUGAUGAAGGAGCAGCUGGUGGAGAUGACCGGCCUGAGCCCACGCGUGAUCCGCGUCUGGUUCCAGAACAAGCGCUGCAAAGACAAGAAGAAGUCCAUCCUCAUGAAACAGCUGCAGCAACAGCAGCAGCACAGCGACAAGGCAAGUUUGCAGGGCUUAACUGGCACCCCUUUGGUUGCGGGCAGCCCCAUCCGCCACGACAGCGCCGUGCAAGGGAGCGCGGUAGAGGUGCAGACGUACCAGCCUCCCUGGAAAGCUCUCAGCAAUUUUGCUCUGCAGAGCGACUUGGAUCAACCCGCCUUCCAGCAACUGCUCUCCAUUUCUGAAUCCGGCUCCUUAGGUAACUCCUCAGGCAGCGACGUCACCUCUUUAUCAUCCCAGCUCCCAGAUACCCCCAACAGCAUGGUUCCUAGUCCAGUGGAAACGUGAGGGGGGUCUUUUGGAGCGCCUGACCCUCGAGGACUGUGCCGCAUGCUUUUUUUGCUUCUUGCAUGAAAACUUGAGCGCUAAGCCAACACAACGACGCGUUAAAUUAUUCUCUUUAUUUAAAAACCCGGCUCCAUCUCGACUUCUGUCGGUCGGUCGGUCGGUCGGUGGAUGGAAGUCUUCCAGGGUUCCUCUGACUUUGCCAAACAGGGAGAGGGAAAAGGAGUUAAACUUCCCAGGAAUUCUGGUCCCCCCCACUACCCUCUCAAAUACUUCUGGAUUUUACUCGAAGGAGAUUCAGAUCGGAGGAGAUUCAGAUCCCGUUCUUGCCGUUUUAAAAGAUGGCUUUCCCCAUUUUCUUGUUCUUUUUCCUCAAUGGAAGGAAUCAACUCAACGUGGAAACGGUGUAGAGCCACCAAGACAUCCGUUGCCUUCAUCAUCUCAACCAGUUCUGGAUGCCCAUCGCCAAUCUCUCUUGUGGCUUCCGUCUUCCCUGGAAAAAGCUGGAACUUUUUUCCCCCCCGUUUCUUUGGUGGUCCCAAAAGAGGAGAAUUUUUCUUUUUUCUUUCUCUUUCUCUUCUCCUGAGUCUGCAUGAUUGCUGGGAAAAAUUCCAGCAGGACUUGUGUGUGUCCAAUGAUCCAAAUCAAAUCCCCCCACCUCCCUCCCCAUUGCCAGUGUUAAAUUAUCUUUAUGGAUGGAAGGUGUGUGGUUCUUUCUCAGCCUUUGCAGACCAAAGUAAGUUAUUGUUAUUUAUUAUCGCGCAGCAACAGUGAGAAUUUGACCCGAAUAAUAAAAGAACAAAUACCAAGAGGAGAAA